UAAUUGCAUUAUUUGUGUUGUGGACCAAAAUCAUGCAUUUAGUCAAUUGUUUUUUCCAUAUGAUGUCUACUGUCAUCAUUUACUAUAUGAGAAAAAAAUCUGUAAGAGGUCAAAGAUAUUACAAUGACUUCUUUGCAAGAAGUAUUGUCUAUGACUAUGCUUAUACGAGUGAUAACAUAUGUGUUUCUCAAUUUAGGAUGAAUAGAUGAGCAUUCAUUAGGUUAUGUUCCAUGCUUGAGACAAUAAGAAAGUUAAAAAAUACCAAAAACAUGGAGAUUGAUGAGCAAGUGGCUAUUUUCUUACAUACCCUUGCACAUCACAUGAAAAAUCGAGUUAUAAAACAACGAUUUAAGAGGUCUAGUGAGACUAUUAUUAGGUACUUUCAGAAUGUAUUGAAUGCUGUGAUAAGAUUGCAAGGUCAUUUGCUCAAGACUCCGGAGCUAAUACUAGAAGAUUCCACAUAUGAUAAAUGAAAGUGGUUCAAGGGUUGUGUUGGAGCCAGCUGAGGACAAGCCUAGGUAUCGAUCCCGAACAGUAGAUAUUGCUACCAAUGUCUUAGGAGUACGUUCACAAGACAUGGGCUUCAUUUAUGUAUUACCUGGUUGGGAAGGGUCAGCAACAGAUGGUAGGGUGCUUAGAGAUGUCAUGAUUAGAAGGAAUGAAUUGGUGGUGAAUCGGGGUACCUACUACCUUGUGGAUGGGGGAUAUACCAACGGUCAGAGAUUUUUUGCCCCAUUUAGAGGUCAAAUGUAUCACUUAAAAAAAUGGAGAGAUGGUCACCAACCUAGGACACUUGACGAGUUCUUUAAUAUGAAGCAUUAUUCUGCUAGAAAUGUAAUUGAAAUAUGUUUUGGGCUGUUGAAGAAGCGUUGGGCUAUUUUAAGAAGCCCGUCUUUCUAUCCCAUCAAAAUUCAAAAUCGUAUAAUAAUAGUUUGUUGCUUGCUUCACAAUUAUAUGAGGGAUCAAAUGCAAAUAGACCCAAUCGAGGUGGAGGUAGAUGCAACAGGUCUCGUGGUGGAAAAUAAUGCACAUGAUGAUCAUAUUACCAGCGUUGAAACAUCUAACGAGUGGUUAACAUUUAGAUUGAAUUUGACAAACAAAAUGUUUGAUGAGUGGAGAGCAAGUAGACAAAGAGUGUAAUUUUUUGUACCUAUAUUUGAGAAUGAUUUUGUUUCUUGAAAUUCUACC